AUGCCUCUCGUGCUCUCUUUCAUGCAAAAUGAACCUUUGCACUCUACCGUCGUCAGUCUCGACGAAGACAACCAGACAGCCCUGCGCUAUCACGUCGUUACUACCAAGUCCCAAGACAAGAGGACGACGACUAUAACUGCGACCGCGACUGAGCUCGGUGUUGUAGCCAAAAUAGAAUGGACUCCGUCAUUCAUGUCGGGCGUAGUAACCAUGGGGGGACAACGAACACCCAUAGAUAAAUUCAUUCCUCAUGGACAUUUUUUCGGCACCACGUACGUCUGCAUCAUCGGCGACGAACGGCGCAAGUUACCAGGGAAUGCCAUGCAUUUUUUGACAGAAUACGAAGCUUUCGAUUUCGCAAUGGGGAAAAAUACAGAUGGAAACACUCGGCUCAUCGACUCGAAGGACGACGCUGUCGUCGCACGGUCGCUCCCCGCUAGCGCUGGACCUGGGGAGGAGCGAGACUUGACUCUCGAGAUCAGAGAUCGAGGGCUGCGCCUCACCGACCGACUUUUCCUCACAUUUGUGAUUGUGGAACAUCUGGAGCGGAUGUCGAUUGCGCACAACCACAGCAAACGCGGGUCCGACAUCGUGGGCGCCAUGUCGACGUAUUCCGCGACAGCGAACAAUGCCUCGAUGUUUUCGAGCCUGUGUGCCACGACAAUGGCAUUGUAA